CCUCGGGGAGGCGCUAUAACCUGGACUUCUCCCCCAAUGAAUGUGUAGUGUUCAGCUAGCCGGCUGAUAGAUUUGGCAAUGUUGUCACUAUCAGAAUGAUAUCCCAGCGGGACAGAGGAGAACUCGCUCGGUUUUAUACAGUAACAGAUCCCACGAGGCACCAGAAAGGCUACACUGUGUAUAAAGUCACCGCCACGCUAAUCUCCCGCAAAAACCCAGAAGACGUCCAAGAGAUAAUAGUAUGGAAGAGAUACAGUGAUUUCCGGAAGCUUCAUCAGAACCUCUGGCAGCUGUACAAAAAUGCAUGUAGCCAGUCUGAGCUAUUUCCUCCCUUUGCCAAAGCCAAAGUAUUCGGUCGAUUCGAUGAGUCCGUGAUUGAGGAGAGAAGACAGUGCUCAGAGGAUAUCCUGCAGUUCUCUGCAAAUAUUCCUGCUCUAUAUAAUAGUCAACACAUCCAAGAUUUCUUCAAGGGAGGUGAGAUCCACAACGGCUCAGAGCUCAUUGGACCAGCUGAGCCUUUUUCAGACUUCCUUGCUGACAGUUUAUCAGACUGUAGUUCUGAUGUGCAAAGAGACAUCAGUGGUGCUGAGGAUUUGACUAGAACAUCUGAAUAUGGAGGCCCUUCCAGUGACAGCGACCUGACCUCCCUGGCAGUGGAUACAGACUCUCUGGUUGGGUUGGAUGAUGGCAUGGCCUCAGGUAGCACCUCCCCUAACCAACCACAGGGGGGAGCCACCAGCAGUAGCUACAGCCCUCGUUUGCCCUCUCUGCGUGAACGCAGCACCCCGUCUCCUGCCUCUAUCCCCAUUAGUUCAGCCCCUAACCCCGAGGUCAGCACGCCAAGUCGAACGCAGCUCUUCUCCCGCAGUCUAAGGAGAACCAGCGGCAUCAACACUAAGGAAGAAAAGUCAGACUACCUCGACAAAGCCAGUGAACUGAUCGGUUUUGCUGUAAAAAAGGAAAGCGAGCAGGACUACGAAGCAGCUUUUUCAUACUACCGUAGUGGGGUUGAUCUGCUGCUUCAAGGAGUACAAGGUGAACCAAGUGCCUCCCGCCGGGAGGCAGUGAAGAAAAAGACUGCUGAGUAUCUGAUGCGUGCAGAGCAGAUAUCAGCUCUGCAUAGGAGAAGCAGUAUGGGUCAGGGAUCAACACAGACUGUGGCCUUUGGUGCUCAGUGCUGUUCUUCCACAAGCAGAGGAGGGCAGCAGAGUCCAUUUGAUGAGCUGACAGCUUACAGGGUGAUAGGGGUCAUUAAUAAGGUUCUUCUGGUCUUGGACAAGAGAACUCAGGAGACGUUAAUCCUCAAAGGACUGAGAAAAAGCAGUGACUGCGGACAGGUUAAGAAGACUAUUAUGCCUUUGUCUGUGCCCCACAUGGUGCAGCUGAGAAAGUUCAUCAUCUCUGAAGACAGUGUUUUCCUCCUGCUGCAUUACGCUGAGGGUGGGAAGCUGUGGUCUCACAUUGGAAAGUAUCUCCGUAAUUCCAGCCCAGAGGAGAGCUUUGAGAUUCCUUUCAUCCAAAAGAGCCACACCACAGCUGUACAUUCUUCGCACCAUAUAAUACCACAGCUGGAUGUCUGUUCUGCCAGCUGUGAGUCGGAGCUCAUUACUGGUUCAGAUCCUGCUUUUGGCCUUCAGAGAGAGGAAGAAGUUCCCUUUGUGUCUCCUGUAAAGAGUGCCGUCCCUGCAGUGCUCCAUGAACAAAUUGGUGGGCAGUCUGACUCUGGGGCUACCUCCGAAGAGGAGUGCACCAACAGCUACUUGACUCUUUGCAAUGAGUACGAACAAGAAAAAGUAGAACCAGAUGCCCUAGAAGAGGAGGGUGAGGAGAAGAGCGAAGAGGAAAUGCUCUCUCUGGAGGUGCCUAAUGCAACAGCAACAGCCUCUUCUUAUAGUCGUUCUCUUCUCAGCAAUGACAGCCUUUCUUCACCGGGAGGCUCUCAGGAACUCGGCUUCUUCAGUGAGUUUUCUGACAAGAGUGGCCAAACCCUCGAAACUGACCAAAACCGCAGCGAAGGACAUGAGAACAGUGAUGUUUUCAGUCCCUCACGGUCUCCCACCGAGCCUCUCUCUUUGGAUCAGUCCAAGCACACCCCGAUGGAGUUUUUCCGCAUUGAUAGCAAAGACAGCGCUAGCGAGGUGACUGGCCUGGAUAUGGGAGAACACUGGAAUUCUCAGAAGCAGCCCCUUCAGUUUUCUACAUCCGAUCUAGGUUCGGAGGUCACUGAGGAUCUCCCAGAGCUGGCUCAGGAGGUAAAAGGCCCAAGCUUGGAGUUUUGGGGUCUGGACUGCAGCGAUAAGGCGUCUAAUGAGUCUGUGCCAGUCAUUUCUUUUAAGGAGGCUGUAGUGGAAGAUGAGGGUCAUCCACCAGACUUAUUGGUCAAUCUUCCUGUAAUGAGUGGAACUGUAAAUGCUCCACAGGAGGAACUAAACCCUUCAGGGGUUUGUUUAGGCAUUGAGGUUGCAGCCUCACCUCAAAAGUACAUCCAGCCUGAUGUUUUGCAGCCUCAUAGUAAGCAUGAGGAUCUGGAGGAGCAACCAUUGGAGCAAGACCUUUCUUCCUUCUCCACAGCCUCUGCAACUUGUGACACUAGUCUCGCAUGUCCUUCUCUGAUGGACGAAAGCUUGACAUUUGGACUAGAGGCCUCCGACAAAGGCUUUGAUAAAGAUGAUGACAGCCAAAGCAGUGAUCACCUUCUUGAAUCAGGCAUUUUAAGCGAUAAGCCUCAGUCCUGUACCACAGGAAAAACCGACUCUGCUCCACUCCCCAGUAAUGGCGUUGUAGCCUCUGUCCCAGCCGUGAACGGCACUCAGACUUGUGCAGUCGUCGAGAGUUUAUUAGGACUUGAUGGUGAAUCAUCAAGAGUCAAUAAAACCACAAGCAGCAGCGACUUUGAUAAAGACGUGUCACGGCUGUUUGCAGAGUUGGACGAGCUGUCGCUGGCAGCCACCCAAGCUCACAUCCCGGAGGAGUUUGUGCGAUGCUGGGCUGUAGAGAUUGUGACAGCCUUGGACUGUCUACAUCAAGAGGGUAUUAUCUGUCGCGACUUGAAUCCCAAUAACAUCCUGCUAGACCAUCAAGGGCAUGUGCAGCUAACAUACUUUUGUAGUUGGUGUGAUGUGGAGGAGUCCUGUGACAAGGAAGCCACGGCCAAUAUGUACUGUGCACCAGAGGUGGGAGGGAUCAGUGAGGAGACGCCGUCCUGUGAUUGGUGGAGUUUGGGCGCCAUCCUCUUUGAGCUCCUGACAGGAACGUCUCUGUUGAGCUGCCAUCCAGCAGGAAUUGGCCGUCACACUGCUCUCAACAUCCCAGAGGGUGUUUCAGAGGAGGCCAGAUCUCUGCUGGAGCAGUUGCUUCAGUACAACCCGAUGGAGAGACUGGGAGCAGGCGUGGGAGGAGUUGAUGACAUUAAGUCCCACCCGUUCUUCGCCUCAGUGGAGUGGCCCCAAUAGAUGGAAAGCACUGAGCAGCAGACCCUCUGGCCUGAACAAGCUCCAACAGCCAUUCAUUCAGAUACCCUAAACAUUUGUUUUUCUUUUCUACAAACUUGUUAAGAUGUCAGGUGUUUGACAUCUAUGGAAAUCAGACUGUGUUUUAAAAUGUAUCCACCGUUUAAUUUUACAUUAUGCUUUAUGAUUCAACAAAAACUAAUUCUGCUGGGGCGGUAGAAAAGCCCCAAUAUUUUGGCUGCACAAGUGUGCACAUCUUUAAACGAGUGCUCUGUGUUCAGCAUCUAGUUUUCUUUCGUAUUAGCAUGCUUCAUCUUGGCAAUAUUUGCUUCCUACACACUCCAAAGUUUUUCUGUCGUUUUUAGUUUUGUGCUCUGGUAGUUUAAUUUCAAAGUUCCAAUUGGAAUCCUUUUGUUAACGCCGAUACUUAUUGAUCUUGUUGAAAAAAUGAGGGAUCAACUAUUGCCUCAUGGUCAGCUCCCUAACAGACACACUCCAUUUGUAAAAAUGUAAACCGAUGACAUAGUGCUGCCACCACUGUGUUCCUUUUUGGUUAGUCUGACCUUUCGUGAUGAUAAACCUUGAUUUUGUACCAAGCUAACACUUCAAGUUAUAUUUAAGUUACAUUCAACUUCACCAACGUUGUAGAAAGGUUAAACACUGUUGUCCUGUAUAAGAAGAGAUUUGCCUAUUUAACAUCCUUUAAGGCUUUUGAAUGCCUCCUCAUCCAGGUUCAGUACGGUUCCUGACAGUCGUAGGUGUGAUAUAUUUUGCAGAAGAUGCCAAGAUUUUUUUUUUUGGGACCAUUCUAUUGAUAACUUUGAGAGCUGCACAUUACUCUAGAUUAAUUUUAACCGAUGGAAGUUGAGUAACAGAAUGUGCUUAAGGAAAGUAUUAGUUUAAGUUGGGGCUUUAGAUUAUGUCAGGUUUUUCUGUUUAUGUAUUUUCCUCUAAUUGAUUUAGUUUUCGUUGAAUUGUUUACAUUUUUGUACCAUUUAAGGUUAAAAACAUAUUUCUGCCCCCACAAAAAACUGCAGUCUACCCUUAUAGUGGAAUCAAAUUACAAACCAUUAAUCAUGUUAGGAGUUUCAGAUCAAGAGUGUGAGGUUUCCCCUCCAUCUUAAGAAUUGAGUGGGUUUGUCUGGGAAUAUAAUGAUUCACUAAAAGGCUGUUGCUUUUCCACUUGUCAUUCAGUUGAUUUGAUUCCAUCUCAUAUCUUCACCACAUUGACCCCGCUUUUAAGCCAUUAUUGACACAGACUUAUUUCAUCAACCGAGUUCCUGUUUCUUUAAGGAUUCUCUUAUCCAUCAUGGAGCCCACAGACUGACAGAUAAAACUGUUGCUUCGAUUUAAAGACUGAAAUCUAAAAACCAGCCUAUGAACAAUAAUGGACUCUAUGCAAAGGAGCAUAAGCAAAAUACUCGGAGAGUAAGGUGAUAUUUCUUGUUGAAUUUAGUCAUAGUCAAAUUAUUUAAAUAAAUGAAGAGUAAAAAGCUCAGGAGUAGAGAGAUUUCUUUGUUGAAAUUUAAGAAGGCCUUUAACCGCCUAUUUGUAAACGGCUCUUUUACAGCUAGAUAUUUUUAUCUCUCAGGGGUAACUCUUUGCCCUCUCCUCUUCAACCCUGCAUUUUGUGCAUGUUGGAUAAGGAUUAUUGUGAUAUAUUUAAUAUGAUCAGAAGUCUGUUAAAUAAUAACUGACAUCUGCCUUGUAAAAUUAUCUUUAAAGUGAUGUUCAGUAAAAUGUAAACAUGUAGAAUUCCUGAUUAUGUCCCACUAUGUUGUCCACUUGCCAGUCAAAAUCUUAUUGAGAGACACUAAAGUCACAUGCUUUCCAAUUUGUCGCCCAUGUUUAAGGGAGAUUUUAGGAUUUCUACUGUGACUGGUCUACAUUUUUAUCUUUGCAGACUAGUGUUGUAAUCAAGACCAAGGAGUACAUAGACCGAGACAAGACCAAGACAUUUGGAAGCAGAGACCUUAUAUGGUGGCGUUCUUGUCUUGGUCUCUGCCUCUAAAGGUCUUAGUUUUGUCUUGGUCUCAGCCUCUAAAGGUCUUAGUUUUGUCUUGGUCUCAGCCUCUAAAGGUCUUUCUUGGUCUUGGCCUCUCCCUCUAAAGGUCUUCGCCUUGUCUUGAUCUCGGUCUCUAAAGGUCUUCGCCUUGCCUUGGUCUCGGCCUCUAAAGGUCUUCGCCUUGACUUGGACUCUAAAGGUCUUCACCUUGUUAAAGGUCUUCGCCUUGACUUGGUCUCUGCUUUUAAAGGUUUUCCUUGGUCUUGGUCUUAGUAUGGGCAUAUAGAGGUCUUGCCUUGGUCCAAAGAUCUUGUCUUGGUCUCUGCCGCUAAAGGCCUUGGCCUUGCCUUGGUCUCAGCCUCUAAAGGUCUUUAUUGGUCUUGGUCUCUGCCACUAAAGGUCUUGGUCUUGCCUUGGUCUCGCUCUCUAAAGGUCUUUCUUAGUCUCUGCCACUAAAGGUCUUGGCCUUGCCUUGGUCUCGCUCUCUAAGGUUUUUGCUUUCUCUUAGUCUUGGCAUCUAAAGGUCUUGCCCUGUUUCUGUACUUCUUGGUCUUGGUGUGUGUGGUGUUGUCUACAACACUAUUACAGAUUUAUUUAAGGGUCACUUUAUCAUCAUAAACUGAAGUUUUCAGAAUUUUCAGCAGUGAGGCAUCAUAAACAUGUCUCUACUGUAAAUAAAAACCCUUUUCUGUCUUCACUAAACAUGGUGAAAUACAUUGUAAAAUUAUUGUUUUAUUAUGUGUGUUUUGUUUUUGUUUUUUUACUAGAGGCAUCAUGGCUGGAGAUUUUUAUUUAUUGUGCCCCUUUUUGUUCAUGCUCUGUGUUGUGUCGGUGCACUUUGGAGAACAAUAAACCAUACCUGGAUGACUAAUCUGA